AUGCCUGUUGUUCGACCAUCACCUCGUCGUCGCUCUGUGCGACUGCAAGCUUUACAGAAGCCUGUUCGAGGGAGCAAAAAGCCCAUGGAGCAAAUGCAGGGGCCCGUCACUCGCGGAAAAGGUGGCAAAAGUCGAGGCACACGAAGUACUGCUGCCGGUAGUGGCUCUGAUCAGCCCAGAUUCACAAUCCAAUGGCAGUCUGCGCCUUUCCGCACCCAAAAGAUUAUCGACCACCUCCACAAACACCCAGCUGACUGCUGGAUCCUAUUUUACUCGGAUGGGAAGCAAUCACAGGAUGAUGGUGACCGCCCCUCGGGCAAGGAUAAGGUUUCUGUGUGCACCGUUAUCGCAAAGCAUGUCUUUGAGCUCCUAGUUGAGUUCCUUUGCAAGGCGGUUUCUGCACGUCUUCACAUAUACCUGGUACCUAGUUCGCUCUACCCGAUUACCUGUUCCGAUACCUGGUACCCUACCCGUUUCGCAUACCUGGUACCCUCUAGACAUUCACUCGUUUCUCCGCAUCCGCAUACCUCGCAUCUCCGCAUCUGCAUACCUCGCAUCUCCACAUACCUCGCAUCUCCGCGCAUUCUCGCAUCUUCGCAUCUCCUCGCAUACACAGCUGUUCUGUCUUCAGCGCAUCACUUCCUUCUUCACUGUUCCCCUCGCUCAUACUUGAGGAACUGCUCUCAGAGCUAUCCCCUUGGGUCGACUACUAUUCUCGCACCCAGCAGGAUCGCGGGCUACUAUGCAGCUGGGCCAGACAAGUUCAGAGACUCAACGAGCAAUCACAUCAUUGGCCUUGUGAAAAGGUAUCGUCAAGGCCAUGACAAGUUGAACGCGACUGGUGCCGGUAUCAUGCCACAGGAUGAAACCACCGCCCAGAAUUUACGUGCGCAAAUCUCAAAGGAAUUCCCCUGGUAUGAUGAACUUGCUGGCAUCAUGGGGGGGAAUCCGGCAUUAUCACUCAAGACCAUCUCAUCAUGCCCGGGGGUCGACCAUUUGGCAAACUUUUUUUCUAUCUCGCUUUCAGCCUCCCCCUCAAUCUCAGCCCCCCUCCUAGCAAUCAGCCCCCGCAUCCCUCCAGCAGUCAGCCUUACCCCCCUGCAGGUGGUCAGCCUUACCCUCCUCCCUCAAGCGGCCACCCUUACCAUCCCUCAAGCAGCCAUCCUUACCCUCCCUCCAGCAGUCAGCCCUCCCAUCCCUCGAGCGGUCAUCCUUACCCUCCCUCAAGUGGUUACCCUCCCUCAAGCGGUACUUCUUAUUCCUCUUCUUCCGACGGACUAUGCAACUGGGGCUGAGCGCCAUCAGCAGUAUGGCCAACAACCGCAUCAACCUUAUUCUGGCCUGCCCCCCGCCCCCUCUCACAGUGCUUUCAGUUCACCUCUCGACGAUGCCGACAUCAACAUGCCUGAUUAUGAUGAUGACGAGCCGAUGGACUUCUCCUUCAACAAUACACCAAGGCCUCCUCCCCCCUGCGACGGGAUUACCACAACGACCCUAACCCUAUCAGCCUCGACAGUCCGCCGAGGUCUGCACGUGCUGCAUUGA